CUGCAGCUGCCUGGGACUGAGGAAAGCAAUCCACAACUUUCCCGGACGCUGCCUUCUCCCGGACCCGGUUCCCCCAACUCUGCUGGGCUGCUCUGUCCAUCAUGAACUGGGCCUUUUUGCUGUGCUGGGCGCUCUCGGUCGUCUCUGGGCAGCAAGAUCUGGAGCUCUUAGCCCGGGACCUGCGGGAGGCCAACGUUCUGGAUUACAACCUGCUGGACAACGUUGCACGCAGACUCCCAAGACAUGUCAGGCUUCUGCAGAGAUUGGAGACCCGGCCCCGCAUGUCUGAAUUCUCCGUGCGAGCCACCAUCCUGUCUCGCUAUGCAUUUACCACCGUCUCCUGCACGUUGGUGAACAGUGGCUCCGAGGCCCGGGAAGGCAUCUUCGAGAUGCAGAUACCUGUCACGGCCUUCAUCUCCAAUUUUACCAUGUUUAUUGGUGACAGGGUCUACCAUGGGGAAGUGACUGGGAGGCAGCGGAAGCAUGAGGACACAGACAGAAAGAACAGAUAUUCAAGACCUACAGAUGAAGGGGAAAACGGGGUGGAGAUCUUCAGAGCCUCUGGAGUGAUUCCCCGGAAGACGGAAGCCUCCUUUCUGCUGCACUACGAGGAGCUGCUGCAGCGGCGGCUGGGGAAGUAUCAGUACACAGUCAGCAUCCGACCCCAGCAGCUGGUGGGGAAGUUGCGGGUGGAGGUGAACGUCCUCGAAAGCUCCGGGAUUAACUCUCUGGAGGUGCUGCCUCUCCAAAACAGCAGGAACAGAGGCCGGGAGAACGGUGAAGAUGAUGCUUCCCCACCUCCUUCGACUGUGGUUGGCCAGACAAAAACUUUAGCCAAGGUGACUUUCAACCCCACCGUGGUGCAGCAAGCCAAGAUCGCGAGAAAUGGCCUCCUAGGCGAUUUCAUCAUCAGAUAUGAUGUCAACAGGGAUCUGAGCGUCGGGGAUGUCCAGGUUUUUAAUGGCUACUUCGUGCACUAUUUUGCUCCCAAAGAUCUCCCUCCGCUUCCGAAGAAUGUCGUGUUUGUGCUUGACAGUAGCGCCUCCAUGGUGGGAAUGAAGCUGAGGCAGACCAAAGAUGCCCUGUUCACCAUCCUCCAGGAUCUAAGACCCGAAGAUCAUUUCAAUAUCAUUGGCUUCUCCAACAAGAUCAAGGUCUGGCAGCAAGACCGGCUGGUUCCAGUGACUCCCAACAAUGUGAGGGAUGCGAAGAUUUACAUCCACAAUAUGUCACCGACGGGAGGCACCAACAUCAAUGGGGCCCUGCAGAUCAGCUCCAAAAUGCUGAGUGACUACAUUGCCCAGAACGACAUCGAGGCACAGAGCGUGUCCCUGAUCAUCUUCCUGACCGACGGGAGGCCCACCGUGGGGGAGGUACGGCCGGCCCAGAUAGUCAACAACACCCGGGCGGCCAUCGGCAGCAGGUUCUGCCUCUUCACCAUCGGCAUCGGCAGCGACGUGGACUACAAGCUGCUGGAGAGACUGGCGCUGGAGAACUGCGGCAUGAUGCGGCACAUCCAGGAGGACCAAGAUGCCGGCGCGCAGCUGAAAGGAUUCUAUGAUGAGAUCAGGACGCCUCUCCUCUCCAACAUCCGGGUUGAUUAUCCGACAGACACCGUGGCUCAAGUCACUCAAAAUCUCUUCCCCAACUACUUCAACGGAUCCGAAAUUGUCAUUGCUGGGAAGCUCUUCAACAAGACGGCCAACAGCCUGCAUGUGGAAGUGACGGCCAGCAACAAUGACAAGUACAUCCUUCUGAAAACAGAUGUGGCCAUAGAUCUCUCUGGCCAGACCCGUGCCGGGAGCACUUCCAAUGGAAUGGAAAACUCAGGCCACGACCAGAACUAUGUGGAACGAACCUGGAGCUAUCUCACCAUCAAGGAACUGUUGACGUCCUGGCUGACGAGCGACAAUAAAGAGGAAAGGGCUAAUUUAAAGGAAAGAGCCAGGAAAUUGGCCCUCACAUAUAACUUUGUCACCCCCUUCACUUCCCUGAAGAUGAAGGAGCUUCCGGUUCUGGCUGACCUCCCAAAGGAAGUCUACGCCGGCCCGUCCAUCGAAGGAGUUGGAGAGAUCGUGCAAGGGCUACCACACGGGCAGCGACCGACGGCAGGGUCUGUCCCUGGAAAACCGGAAGAGCUAAGUAUAAAAGUCACUAAAACAUCGGCGGAUGGUGACCCUCACUUUGUGGUCGACUUUCCCUUGAACAAGCUAACGGUCUGCUUCAACAUUGAUGGAGAGCCAGGGGAUAUCCUCAGAUUGGUUUCGGAUCAUAAGAACUCUGGUGUGACUGUGAACGGCCAGCUAAUAGGUGCCCCUGCCCCACGAAAUGGCCACAAGAAACAGAGGACCUACUUCAGAAGCAUCACCAUCCUCAGUGACAAGCCAGAAAGGGCCUACCUGGAGGUCACCCCUACUAAAAUAAUUGUGGACAACGGGAAGAGGCUUGUCCUGCCUUGCCACCGCAGCGCUUUGAUUGCCAGCAAGGACCUGAAGGUGUCGAUCGUUGCCCACUCUAACGUCACUGUGUCCAUCGGGGGGACCAUCAGUUUUGUCGUCCUCAUCCACCACUACAAGAACCCGGCCCCCUACCAGAAGGACCACUUGGGCUUCUACAUAUCCAACAGCAAAGGCCUUUCCACCAGUUCUCACGGGCUGAUAGGGCAGUUCUUAUACCAAGACGUUAAACUAAUUCAAGAAGCUCUUGAACCAAGUCAUCCCAUUGCGGGGAGCUGGAACCAAACGAAGGGCGUGUUUGUGAGCUCCAGGAAUUUCUUAAAGCUGAAAGGACGCAUGGUUCCCGUCAUGUGGAAGCAGAGGAAGGUCUACAAUGGUGAACAGGAGGUGGACUGCUGGUUUGCCAAGAACAACGCUGAGAAACUGAUCGAUGGUGGCUAUAAGAACUACUUGGCCUCUCACCCGUUUGACACAGGGACUAGUUCCUUGAUGGAAAACAGACUCUAAAGAGAGGAAAUCCUUCUUGCUUUCAGCGCAUAUGAAAUCAGCCAUUCUCAAGAGACUCUUGCAUGUCGGCAGUUCUCUGUAGUAACGUCAAGGGACCCCCUUUAAAAAAGAAAAGAUCCGUUCCAUUCACAAGAGAGCUCGCUGGGUUUUGGUUCAUUUACUCCAAUGAAGACGGGCUAAUGGCUUUAAAAGAAACAAGCAGCUUGGGAAUAGGGUUCCUACUGCCUGUAAGAUAAGAAAUUGCAGUGUGGGCUAUUCGACUGGAUAAGGUGGAGAAUGAACUAACUUUUUAAGAUUCUUGUUGUCUUUUUGGGUUUGGUGUUGCAUUUUAUUUGUGUUCUGCAUCAGGAGAGAGAUGAAUGAAGGUUCGCUCUUGGGGAACAAAGAGGCAAAGCAGAGCCAGGGUUAAUUUCCUUGGGCAAAUCCCGUUGGUUUCAAUGGGAGAACUGAAGCAGAAAGUUCAGUGCUGCCUUGUGAAGAAUCGCGCUUUUCAAUUUGCGAGGAAUGAACAUUCAGAUUCGUGGGGAAGAUCAAACGUUUGAACCUCUGCGGCUUUAUUGACUGGUGGCCCAGUACCUGCAGUCACUAAUGAUAAUACAUUACUGGGUAGAGGCAAACUCAGCUACAAAAUCACAGCCCAUGUACAGACACUUUUAUAACCUGCUAGGCAUAUACACCAAUACAGAGUAUUAAGUUUCCAGAUAACGUUAGUACAAUAGCACCCUGAUGUCUUCAGGCAUGACAUAAUGUUCUAAACCGAUCCAAAAUACUGGUAACAAUAAUAUGGAAAACUUUACUGAUUGCUUUAUUGAUAGGUCAAUCUAGUAAAUUCUUGACAGUUCA